CGCUGCUGUCGCCGCGUGUGCGCGACAAAGUCGCGGGUGCUCGGAGGCCUCGUGCCCUGAACGGUGCCCGCGGCGCCCCGUCCUUAGUACAACAUACUUGAAACAGUGUAUCAAACGCACCAGCAUCAAAGGCCCGAGUGCCACCUGCCUAUAUGACAAAAUGUCGGGAUCACAGCGAAUGCGAAAAUCCUCGCCAUGCUCAACAUCGAAGCAAGGCCCAAUGCGCGCGACUCUACCCGUAAGCUCGCUGCUAAGACAAGGCCGGCAGGGCAGCAGUCUCAGGAAGAGCAAUAGCAACAGUCCCACCGUAUCGCCAACAAAUGCGAGUGCGUGGCGGGCCCGCAUCUCGCCGGAGACUUCUUCCUCUGGACAACGAAGCCCCGGUUCCCUCUCUUACAAAGCAAAAUCAAAAACAUUAAGUGGAAGAUGCAGCGAAAGUUUAAGUGGAAACCAAAAUAUUCGAAGGACAGCAUCAUUAGAUACAAUCUAUUUAAAAGGACAAUGGCCUCGUGAUUCAUAUUAUAUUCAUUCCAGUCUUCUUUUGGUUGAUAAAUCUACACAGACAGAAGAAUGGUCCAAUGAACCAAGAAAAUUACACACACGUCAUCCUACAGAACAAACAACCACUGAUGAAAAAUUAGAAAAGUAUUUUAGGCACCGGUUACAACGUACAAAUAAGGAAGGCACCAGCAGUAGAGAACGAACAGCAGUAUUUGGACUUAUAAUGCCAGGUGGACCACCACCAGCUUUUCCUGCAGAUCAUACAGUUUUACCCAGUAUUGCUUCACAAACGUCUAUACACAAUCAAUUUGGUUUGAGUACAAAGGCAAGUCCUAUGAAUAUCCCUGUGAAACCAAUGAGGCCUCCAAUGCGUUCUUCUAUUGAAGGACUAAAUCAAGAAAUUGAAGGAUUAGUUCUCAAAUCCACAACUAACCCUAGUGAUCCUGAUCAUCCAGUGGAAGAUAAAUAUGCACGAUAUCGUGAACAAAUUACACCGGAAGGUCAUCGUGCACCAUUAGCAGAUUUAUUGAGGGCUACUCGUAGCGUCAACACACAAACACCAGCUACUGACCUUCCCUCCAGUUCUUAUUCUUCAGGCCCUCCAUCUAGGAAUUCUGAGUCUCCGCUGAUUCCUGGUCUUAUGGAUGCGUCCCGUCCGCCUAGCGAUCUCUUACAAGGUGGAAGUCGUGGUUCAACUCCUGAACAAGAUAGAGAAGGACGUCUUGGCACCUCUCCUCACAUUAAUAGGUUCCUUGCAAGAGAACCACCUGAUGGCUGUGAGAAAGUCAAUCUCAAAUUUGUAGAGGAUGCCAGGCGACCCAUGAUAGACUUGAGCAAAUUAGACUAUUGCCCAAAGCCGUGUGUAGCAUUCCAGUUAAAACCUAGCUUGGGAUCAGCGUUCCUGCCAUUACAACAGCCAGCCAGUCCAACAAUGGUUGCCAGUGCAUCACCUUCUUCGCAUACAACACCAACUACACCUCCUCCAAAUCCAUAGUCCUGCUCUUUACCUUACAGAAUAAUGUUCACAAACCCGAUUGGUAUAUAUAUUUUUUUUUUAAUGACCUCAUGGGUAGAAAGUGGUUUACUUUGAUAUGAAAGCUUAUACCAACAAAGAAAAGUUACCGAAAAAACAGCCUGUUUCCAGUGCGACCCAAUAUUCGGGCAUCGUGAAUGUGUAAUUAAAAAGUUAUAAUUGCAUUGAUAUAAAAUAUUGAAAGCAUCUGAGCUCCGUUAAUGUUUCAAACAAUAAUAAAUACGAGGAACAAUAAUUUGUGAUAACUAAAAAACGACAUUUAGGAAUGAACAUUGUGUUCUACAGGGAGAAAGACUAAUAAAAAUUGUGUAUUCUAAAUUUAGUGCUAAAAUGUGCUAAACGACUUUAGUUUUGUAUACAGGGAUAAAUAUUCAAAAUGUCAAAGAGUAUUAAAUUUGAUUGUUGGAAAAACAAAAUUAUACAGAUACAAAAUGGGUACAUGUGCCUGGAUAUGUACAUCGGUACCCUUUUAUAAACUUUUCAUUAGAUCUUUAUCACUUAAAUAAUUCGAAUUCAUAGUUAAACAAAAAACACUCGUUAGAAUUUUGUAUCGUUUUGUAUUAUUAUUCAUAUGCUAAAAAUAUUCAAAUUAUUAUUAUAUGAGGAGCUCGAAAAUAUGUAUCCCUAUGGUACAUUAUUUUUUAGAAUUAUAUUCUCUUAGAAUUAUACACGUACAUUCUUUACUACUUUUUUUAAGAACGCGUAUGUAAGAUAAAGCAUAAAUUAAUUGUCACGAUAGUUUAUUUUGUAUUACGUGUACAAAUGUGCACUUUUGCAUAGCUUCUUUUUAUAGUAAUGUCUCUUAGGCAAUAAGUUUCUAUUUUGAAAGUAAAACAAGCACUUUGUUCAAUUAUAGUGUUCAGUGUCAUAAAACAACUUAUGGAAGUUAAGUUAAUUGCAAGAGUAUAUUCUAUUGUUUAAUAAUUAUAUUACCAUAGGGUUACAAAAUUUUUGAUUUAAUAUGUUAUGUUAGUUUACUAUCUGAAUAUGUACAACCAAUACAGCAUGCAAUGACAGGUUGAUGAAUGUAUGAUAGAAUGAACCUAAUGAUAUAAGGUGGAAAUGUAAUGAGUAAAAAUAUGACAAGUGGUAAAAUUAAACAUUGAUUGAAGUAACAAAUAACAUGUGCUUUAGCCAGUGUGGUAUCAGAUGUGCAUACAAAUGGCUCCCUAACUUGGCACAGUAUGGGUGUGCGUGUAGGGUUUUGUAUAAACGUGGAUCAUAGUAAACAAAUUUAUAAUCUACGUUCUAUACAAAUAAGUAUGCAUGUGUUGUAAUAUCGGAAUCCUGAUUAAGCCAUCCGCGAAUAACAGUAAAACUUUAUUAUUGAAAUAUUAUAUUAUAAGUAUUUGAAGUUUUAUAUCUUUAAAACUUAGUUAUUUAAAUUUAUGAUAAUAUUUUUUGUAUUUUUAUUAUGUUAAUAAUUAUCAAUUGUUUGUUCUUUUAUUAAAUGUUUUUACAAUAAAAAUAAUCAAAGAAAUAUCAAAUAUUGUUAAUAAUCUUUAUAUAAACAAAUUACUUGCUCUAAGAAAAAGAUCAAGAGUUAUUUGUGUGAUGGCUUAAUUUAUUAUUUAGUAUAUGCAGACAUAGCCACUCAAGAAGUUCAAUUUAUUUUUUGCUUUCUAAUACAAAACGUUUUGCAAACAAUUUUAUAGUUAUGGUCUGAGGAAUAAGGAUCUUAAUAUAAGAUCAAGAGCAGGGAAGAACAGUUUUUUAAAUACAAUAGUAAUAUACUUUCUAAUAUUAUAUUGUAUCUAGCUACAACAGUGAAAAAUGUUAACACAUAAAGUACCUGGCACACUGGUCUAUGCUCUCUUUUAUCCAGCUCACUAGAAAGUUCAUGCCUUAGAAUGCGUGGCAAAGUGUGCUAAAUAGACAGGAAGGUUAAUGAGAGAGUCAGGAUAUAUACAAAAUGCACUGGCUAGUUAACAAGUAUACAAUACAAAACUAAUCUGCUAUCUAGCUUAAGAAGAUUUUCUUUUAUUUAUUUUCGCUAUGGACCUAAAUAACAUCUAUCCCAUUGCUAUAAAAAUACAUGAAUGUAAACGUAAAGUUUGCAGGCGCUCUAAAAAAAGAAAAAAAUUUAUCGAUCGUGUAUUUCAUCUGUUGGCGUAUUUUUACUUAAACAGAGAAAAGAAAUGUUUUAACGUUACAUGUAUUAAUCAUAGUGAAUAAAAAGUUUCAUACUUUUACUAAUAAGCAAAAAAGAAAAUUAUUUUAGAAAAAAACUAGCCUUAUUAUUUUUGACUACACUCAUGAGGCUCCACUUUUUAACCUUCAUGUACUUGCAUAAUGUGUUAUCAUUAUUGUUAGCUUUUGUUGUCAAUUUCACAAACAGAGGAAUGUGUGUAAAGACUGCUAAACUAAAGAUUACUUGUUAUUUGGAUAUACCUAAAUUUAAAGUUAAAUAAAAUUAGGCUCAAAUUUCUCCGGAUACCUAUGAAACAAUAUAGGUACUCUU